AUGGGUCCAGGCAGCGAUGCUUCGGGCCUUAGGAGCCUCGACUCGUUGAUCGAGUCGUCCGUCUCGCUCCUCCAACAACUUCAAGUUGCCCUCGCCGAGAUCCACAGCAAUCCAAACACGCCCAUACCUGACGCUGGGGAAGACAAGAACUCAUCGGUAGACGCUAUUGCUCUCGCUCGUGACGCAGCUUCUCUCGUCCGUGCCCACUCGACCAAACUGUCCCUGCUCAUGAUCAACGAGCCCUUCAGCUCCAAGGCUAUCAUAUCCGUUCUUCGCGAUCUCGCCAGUGGCCCGAUACCUGGGCUGGCCUCAUCUCUGCAGCAGUGCAAGCCCGAAUACUACACGGCCGUUUUCAGAAAGGAGUUGGCGUGGCGUUGCCGCUCUGUCCUCUUGGAGCUGGCGCAACUGCUACAAAAGAUCCCCACCAACGGCCAGGCCUUGUCCGGCCAUCGGGAAGGGUUCGGUCCUGACGGAAAGGGAACGAUUGCGCUUACUGGUGUCACAUGGGCUACCUGUGAUGAUGUGGUCAAGCUAUGUAACAUGGGCGUUGGCGGUUUCUUUGCCCAAAAGGUCCAAGAGUGGAGGGACGUCCUCAGGGACACCAUGGAGGAGCUCAAGGAAUGGGGCGACGAGGAGGCCGAAGCCGAUGAUGACGACGACGUCGAUUCCCUUGCCGACAAGCUCGAGGAAAGCCAUAUAUCAUCGACCCAGGACAUGCUCGACGACCUCAUGAACUCAACCUCUGCUAUUCCCAAAUCUGAUCCCGAGAGCAUUCGACCACGCCUCGAAACGACGCUCAAGCGCCUUCGGCUUGUCACUCUACUGUACCAGGCCAUCAUCAAGCGUCGCAUAAAGAAGGUGCCAUCUCUACCCGUAGCUAAAGAUGCAUCAGGACCGGCGGCAAGCAUUGCCAAUAGACUGGACGACGUGGCUCGGGUACUCAAGACGAUACCCGAUCGCUUCGGUGAUCUUGCAUGUGCCUUUUACGAGCUAGAGUCAGAGGAGAUCGACUCGCUCAUGGAGCAGUGCUCCCUGGACGCAUUUGCGGCUGGUGAAAUCCUGAACGAAAGCUGGGGAGGUGGACGGGAUGAAUUCUCGGAAUGGGUGGAAAAGUUCCAAGAACAGGUCAAAGCAGAAUAA